UUUGGCAACACUGUAUGCAUAAUCGUCGGUUUAUUUUCGGUGUUCGAUUUUUGACGUAUUUUGACCGUGCCUUUCUUCACAAGAAUUGUGUUAGACUAUUUGUGUACAUGAUUUGAGUUGUUCUGUGCCCGUGAUUGAUGCGCGAUAUCGCAUAUAACAAUUGUUUAAGUGCUAUUUAGUGUUUGGAAGUUACGAAUUGUUUACCCGAUAUACACCUCCAUUCGCUCGUUUUUUUCUGAAGCGCCAUCUCGCGAGAAAAAUCGGAAACUACUACCUGCCCGUGGAAGGAGAAUAAGCAUAAAUUGCAUGCAAUUCUCAACGUCCUGCUGUGUGAAAUAGUAUACCCGUUAGGCGUAAUCUACCGAGCAAGUUUUCACCACUCGAAAUCGAGCUUUUACCCCGAGGAUGGAAUCGUGUCGAGUAUGCUGCAACCCCUUGAACUCUGGAAGGGUGAUUAAUUGCAGCGGUUCAUGUGGGAGCAUUUUCCAUUUCGACUGUGCAGGAUUGACGAAAACUCAUUUCUCCUCAUGGUCAGCAAAAGUUGGUCUCAUUUGGUUCUGCAGUUCUUGUCGCCUCAACUUUGAACCAGCUGUGUAUGAUCGCGAGAAAAUUAUAAUGAAAGCCCUGCGAGAAUUGCUUAUCCGGACUGACUCUAUAGAUGUACGACUCGGGAACUAUGGUGAAAACCUCCGCAGAGUCAAUGAUACAUUGUAUGGGUCCAAAACACAUACGAAGGCUUCAGAUAGUUCUCAACAGAAUGCCUCUUUUCUGCAACGAAUUGACGCGCUUAAUUUCGAUGAUACUACCGAUGACACAAUCAAUAGCUCGAAAUCGUGCGACCAUACUUCGUUCUUCGAAGUCCUGGACGAAGUGAACAGUUCCAUCGCUGUUCCGGACAGAUUCAUUGUUGGGGCCAAUAAGAGAGUCCAGAUAGUGGCAAAAGCUGCAUCGAGCUCCUCUUACAACAAAAAUACCACUCGAAUGGAUGUGUCUACCCCUGCCGUUGCUGAUAAGCGUACAAACCUGCAAACUGAACAAAUUCAAUCCACCGUCAAUUAUGCAACGAGCUGUUCUGAAAAAGUUGGCGAUAAAUCCAUUGAAACUCUCGGCGGUGGCCCUUCCAGACCCAACUCCAUGUCAUUACGGGUGGCUAGCGGUACUUCAGCUUUUGGUGACCUAGAGUCCUUCUACGUGACACCGUUUGCACCUGACCAAACAGAAGAGGAAGUCAAACAAUAUGUGAUCGAUAUUUCUAACGUUCACUCGUCAUUAGUGAAAGUAACUAAGCUAGUCCCACGAGGCAAAAGCGUUGACGAUCUCUCCUUCGUGUCUUUUAAAGUGUCUGUGUGCAAGUCUGUCUCGCGCUUAGUCAGUGACCGCUGGUACUGGCCAGAUGGCAUUACUGUACGUUCUUUCGAACCGACUCCAAAAAACGAAACUGCUGCACGCCUUCCCACCGUUCAAUAAGCAGUUCCAACGUAUCACUUCACUUGGGACAAGUUACGUUCCCUGUUUCGUCAGGUAAGCCCUUGAACGGUAUAUGUCCCGCCGAAGUUGUACAAGAUACUGCACAAAAUUUAAAUGAAGGAUCAAUCCCGCAGCCUGUUGCCAAUCGACCUGCCGACCGUUUUGAUCAUCAUCCCACGUUAAUUGACAGUCGUCUCAAGAAAUUGCACUGUCUCCAUUCUGCAACAACAAACAACAACGAUGCGAUUCUACUUCCGGGACAAGUUUCGUUCCCUGUUUCGUCAGGUAAGCCCUUGAACGGUAUAUGUCCCGCCGAAGCUGCUCAAGAUACUGCACAAAAUUUAAAUGAAGGACCAAUCCCGCAGCCUUUUACCAUCCGACCCCUCGACCAUUUUGAUGACCAUUUCACGGUAGAUGGAACGCUCCACAUGAAACGAAGUCGUCGCCAGUCUACAACAACAAACAACAACGAUGCGAUUCUACUUCCGGGACAAGUUACGUUCCCUGUUUUGUCAGGACCAAUCCCGCAGCCUUUUGUCAUCCGACGCCUCGACCAUUUUGAUGACCAUUUCACGGUAGAUGGAACGCUCCACAUGAAACGAAGUCGUCGCCAGUCUACAACAAACAACAACGAUGCGCUACUACUUCCGGGACAAACGACGUUCCCUGUUUCAUCAGGUAAGCCCUUGAACGGUAUAUGUCCCGCCGAAGUUGUAGAAGAUACUGCACCAAGUUUGAAUGAGAGUCCACUUUUCCAGUGCAACAACACAAACACGAACUUUAACCAUGGAGAAACUUCUUGCAACGGUGCAUCCUCCGGCGGAUACCACUCGGUAGCACUUCCUGCU